UUUAUCUCCUUUCCAUCCAAUCCUGCUCAUCACCAUUACUCAUUCUCUCUCUGAUACUACGUUUCCUGCUUUAAUGUCCAGUACACGCAACAGUGGGGAUCAUACAGAUUGCUCGUCGAUCGAACAGACGAACAGCUUUGAUAGUCCUGGCCGUACUCAUAUCAAUUGCAGCACUGACCAAGGAACCUCACAGAAUCAACAACAGCCAUCUCGGCCUCAACCGUUCAUCCAGCAGCGAGAGCCUUUCCUCUCCACCUUUUCUCAACCACAUAGCCCCAGCCCUUCCUCUGCAGGGUACUCACCGACAUUACGCUCGGAGCGACUCUUGUUUGGGCAACAGCAGCAAUCAACAGCUAAACCAUACAUGUCCAACAUUACUGUUCAAAGCGAAUUUCCACAUUACAGCGGAAACUAUCGUGGCGGAAUAGAGGAACAUCAACAUUCACAUCAUUUUCGACAUCAUCAUCACCAUCAUGAGCACGAGCAUGAUCCGUCCGGAAUCGAUGUCAUGGUUAUUGAUUACGAGGGGUUAGAUGCCUGUGUUAAUGAGGCUUCAAUGACAGACAAUGAGAUCCAGGAGUUGGGAAACGGUAGAAAUGAUACUGUUUUAUCUGGCAAGGCUGAAGAACCCUUCGGGAGAGAUAUAGCACGAGCUUUCUCCACUGGGUCAGUGUCUACGAAAUCCAAAGAUGGUUCUAUACUCCGGAAACGGUCUGCUCGCAUGGCAAGUUAUUAUGGUGAACGUGCACCUCGGCCACCGAUACAAGAGCAACAACGAUACACAUUCUUUUCAAGGACUACAGGAAUAAUCCAAGCUCCGUCCCUGUCAAAGAUCCUAGCACAGACAUCGCUACAGGAAGGUUCAGUAGAGGCCCCUAGAGUGUUCUCAGACUUGCUAAAAGAUGGUUGCUUUUGGAUUGAUAUCCUUGACCCUACUGACUUUGAUAUGUUGGUUGUUUCGAAGCAUUUCCAUGUGCAUCCUUUAACAAUCGAGGACAUUUCUACAGAAGAAAUUCGUGAAAAGUAUGAAGUAUUUAAAAAUUACUACUUUGUGUGCUUCCGAACCUUUGAUCAGGAUUAUAACUCAGGAUCAUAUCUUCAGCCCGCAAGCAUGUAUUCCGUUGUUCUUAGAGAUGGGAUUAUUACGUUCCAUUUCCGACCCACACAGCACCACUUGAAUGUACUUCGGCGUUUAGAGCAAUUCCAUUCACAUAUCACUUUGACACCUGACUGGAUUAACUAUGCCCUUUUAGAUGAUAUCACCGACAGCUUCGCAUCUCCUAUUCAGACAAUCGAGUAUGAAGUCGAUUCUAUCGAUGAAUUAGUGUUGCUAUUACGAGAGAAUGAGACAUCCGAUAUGUUACGUCGCAUUGGAUCUUGUCGAAAGAAUGUAAUGACAAUUUCUAGAUUGCUGACAAAUAAAGCAGAUGUGAUCCGUGGACUUAUGAAGCGCUUUGAUGAACGUUACACAAUUGCAGCAGGAGGAGCUUGGAGCAACGCAGGGGCAGGCGCUGCAGCAGCAGCAGGAUCAAGUGCUGGAAUGCCAACCGUGAUAAGUUCUGGACCAAGGGAGGCUGUAAGGGACCCUAUCAUUGGGGGUACUACAGCCGAGCAGGGUCCUACGGCCUCAACAGGACUACAACAGGAUCGCUCAAUUCAAACUGGAGCGAGCGCGACUUCUUCUUCAAACACUGCUCAACAACAGAUGCAGCAACAACAGGUUCUGCAGCCGUAUCGCGAUGGCGAAAUCCUGCUUUAUCUAGGUGACGUCUUAGACCACGUCUUAACGAUGCUUCAAUCCCUUUACAGCUAUGAAAAAAUCCUAGCGCGAUCACACUCCAAUUAUCUGGCACAGAUCUCGCUCGAGAUCAAUCAACUCUCUAACAAAACCAAUAACGUCGUCGGAACACUGACAUUCUUUGCAAGUUUAAUUGUUCCUAUGACAUUUGUGGCUGGCCUCUGGGGAAUGAAUGUUCAUGUGCCAGGUGAACCAGGAGCAGAAGAUGAACCGCUACAUUGGUGGUGGGCACUUUGCGGGUUCAUGGGCUUAUAUUGUAUUGUGGCCAUAUGCUUUGGAAAACGCUAUGGCCUCAUCUAGAG